UAUUUUGUUUGCUCCAUAAAAUGUUUAAAAAUGAACGAAAGGAUAGAAUCUUGUUUUUUUGGCUGCUACUUAGCAGCUUGAUAUUGCUAAGCCAGACUAAAAAGGAAAUUUACUUUGCGGAUGCUCGUUGCUUUAUGACUGGCAAUAAAAUUGCGAAUGCCACUUGUGGUGUGAAGGACCGAAAGUCGUUAUACCUCGUCAUUCAAACCAAGAAUGUCCUCGUCAGCUUAGUGGGCAUUUCACGUCUUACGCUAAAUACCAUAGGUAGCAAGAAUGCUAUAACGCUCAAUGGAGUGAGGCUGGACAUAUGCCAGAUACUAGCUGGAGCUUUUCGACCUUCAUUGCUUUCGUUUAUAAACCAAGGAUUGCGAGAUUCAUUCGUUGAAUUUCCCAAGAAAUGCCCUUUGAAAGCGGACACAACCUAUAGAGCUCACAACAUAAGCUUCGAUACGAGCGCCGUGCCCAGAUUUACACCUGACUAUAAUUUCACAUUUUCGGCCAUUUUUAUGGCAAACAAUGUGGCCAGUUUUGAGUAUUGGUGUUGGGGAGUAUUUAAUUAAAUUUCAUAUUUAAAUGGUGAAUGAAGUAAGCUUAAUGUUCAUCAAAUAUAUUAUUAAAGAGCAUCGAGUGCUUCACAGUUGAGUCUCACUCAAAAAAGCAGCAUUUAUUACAGAGAGUGAGAGAAUGAAAAGAUGAGAGAGCAGUGAGAGAGCGAGAGCGAGAGCUGAGCUGUGUGUGUGCGUUGAGCCGGGUCUGAGUGGCUGGUCCGGUCUUUAACUAAGCCUGGCGACGACUCUCCAGCCGACAGUCUGCCAUCCAAACUCGAACGAAGCGGUACGCCUGCGCGCACGUUGUGCAAUCCGUCAGAUACAAGAUACAUGAAGCUAAUAGACUGCUGUCACAACUAACAAAAAAAAUAUCAUCAAAGUGAAUGAAUGUGAAUUGAUUUUUAAGUUGAAUACCAAUUGAAUACGCAAUCUAUGUGACUAUAACUAUAUACAUAUGUGAAAGACAAGAACGAGGCAACAACAUCGCGCAGACAUCGAACGGCAAAAAUUAUAAAAAAGGAGAAUCAAAAGAAAAACAAAAUAAAAAAAGCAUAAAAAUUCCUCAGAUCGUUGUGUUCGGUGUGUUCGGCGACUGAGCGAGCGAACAACGUGAAUGUUGUGUGUGUUGGACGGUCAAAAGCCGGACAAAAAGCCCUAAAAAUAAAAUAAAAAUAAAAUCAAGCAAAGGUGCGAGACAAGAAAUUAAAUUGAUAAACCUAAAAGCAAAAGCAAACACAGCAACCACAGCAACAUCGAAACCCUUGACCGUGCCUAGCUUGAGUCUUGAGUCUCUGGGCAGGACUUGGAAUUGGACUUGUCGCGCUGCUGUGGCAAUUAUCAAGCGCAAUGCAUCAGCCAGGGAAUGCCAAACGACUGUUGUAGACAAGUCUCUGCGUGUGUGUGUGUGUGUAUUUAGGUAUAUCAAUGUGUGUGCGCGCGCGUGUGUGUGUGUGUGGUAAAUAGCUCAAAGCCACGAAAUUGGUUUUAUCGGUGCGCCAAAAUCGCCAAUUGCAAAAAUUGCAAACAAAACAGCGAAGCUGUUAAGCCAGCCAAGAAGGGACUAAGCCACAGCCAAAAACAAAAAAUAUCUAUAGAAAAGAGCAAGUAAAAAAAACUAUAAGAACAACAACAACAACAGUAGCAACCAGCAGAAGAAGAAGCAGCAGCAGCAGCAGCGACGGCGCAUCGCGUGGAGGUCGCGAUAAACUGCAAAAGUCCAAAAACUGCGGCAAAAUACUGGGAAGGAGGAAAUUGCUAAAAUAUUACCCGAAAGGCAUAUUCGCUAUGUACAUACGUGUGCAACGGCCACAGAUACAGACAAUAACAACAACAACAACAACAUCGAGUACGACAACAGCAACAGCAACAACAGCAGCAGCAACAGCGAGUACGACAACAACAAUAGCUAAAGCGACGGCUGAGCAAAAUGUA